GAGGGCAUGUAGGAACCAUUCGUUGUGAACGUCAGCGUGGGAACUAUACAAGCACUGUUGACUUCAUAAGCCUUGGCUGUUUCAGGACACACUAUCGGUUGGCUAGAAGUUUACUUGUGCCUGUAUUCUUUGAGAGGAGCUUGGGACGUCAUGGUGAAGCUGUCUGCCAAGUGCAUAGUGACAGGUGACUCGUCUGUAGGAAAGAGCGCGCUGAUACAGCUGUUCCGGAGCAAUGGCAGUCAUUUCUUGAAAAAUUACACCAUGACCACAAGCAUGGAUGUUGUGAUGAAAACUGUCCUUAUUCCAGAUACAGGCGACAGUGUGGAACUGUUUCUCUGUGACACUCCUGGCAAAGCAAUGUUUUACGACAUGACAGAGAUGUUGUGGGACCAGCCUGGUGUUCUUUGUGUAGUGUUUGACAUCACAAAUGAGAUCUCCUUCAGUAACUGCAUUAAGUGGUUGCAGAAAGUAAAGACCAAGACCUCCACCCCUCAUGUACCUGGGGUGCUAGUGGGUAACAAAACCGAUCUGUCUGCCUGCAGAACCGUGACAAAGACAGAGGCUCAGGAAUUGGCAAUGAAACAUGGUUUGGAGUAUUUCGAGACUUCUGUGAAGGAGUUGGAAAACUUCGAGCAACCAUUUCAGGCGCUGGCUAAGGCAUUUUACCAUAUGUACCAUGAAAGAGUGGAGAACUUCAAAUCCUUGGUGUAACAUGUUGAUCGACAUGCUCUUGAAAUAAAUAUCAAUUUAUUACAAUUCAGCCCUUAGAUUGAAGUUCAAUUAAGUUGAAGUGGUGCAUACUGUUACAUAUAAAAAACAGCACCUUUUGGUCCUGAAGUUAUUAAUGCUCAUUGGUGACAAAUAAAUGUUUUUUUUCUUCUUAUCAAAAA